AACGCAGCCGGCCAACUCCUCACCUUGCCCCAGCUCUUACGAAACUGCGAAGAUCCACCUGAAGCGUGCCGAGGCGCUCCAAGCCGCGUCCCGCCUUCAUCUCCGCAUAGCCUCCGCGCUCUCACCCGAUAUAGCAGUCCAUACCCGCCCACCAUGCCCUGCUUCCUAGGGCUCGCGGUCAGCAUACACACGCCGUCUGGCCCGCUUCCCGAGUACUCCAUACAAAAGCAGUCAAGAGCUCAUCGCAUUACGUCGUACAUUCCAGUGCCGCCCGCAAAGGUACCACCAGGCUCGAGCAAGCCGGAGCAGUCCACAUUCGCUAUCUCAAUUACACUACUCACCCCAGGUCUCCACGUACCGUAUUCAACCCCCAAAGCCACUCCAGACAAUCUUCACCCACGGCCGAAAGUCGUAGGCGGCCUGCCAGGCCUCAGCAGCGAGCGGGGCAGCAACGGCGCGGUGAUACCUCCCUACAAACCACUCACGUCAUCGCCCAACGAGACAAUCGCCGCCUAUAUAUACUUCGAUGGCAGGGCUAAGGAGGAGGUGGCGACAUUGCUGCGCCGCGGCGAAGAGACAUGGGUGAACUCACGGUGGGUUAGCGUGCCGGAGUCAGAGGGCGGCGGUUUGGCCGAGCGUGAGUUUCUCUUUCGCGAGGUCGGAUUGGAGCGGUGGCUGAAUGGACUGGACCUCGAGGGCAAGGACGUAGCAGCGAAGAUUGAGCGGAGGAAGCAACGCCUCGAGAAGAAGCGGAGGAAAAAGAGGGAGGCACGAGGCAGCGAGGAGGAGGAGGAGUCCAAGAUGCAUGGCAAUGGCGUUCUGAGAUACGGCGAGGACAAGGACGCACCAGUCGAAACGCUGUCAGGGAACGAGGACUUCUUCACGUCUGAUUCGGACUCGGACGACGAGCCACCACAGCCAGAGGCGGCAGGCCAGAUCAAGGUUGCUCUAUUCCGCGUUCUCGCUAGUGGCGAGAUCAAGCGGGGCGAGUACUCUCCGCAGUUCGACGCGCAUGACGACGACGAUAGCUCGACGCAAAACGGCGGCGGAGAGGGCGACGAUGUGGAUCACACUACGAGUUUCGCCAAGCCGAAGACACUAGACCCCAAGUCUAUCAGCACGCAGACUGUGACCGGCAUUGACCCUCCAGACAAACCAUAUGCUGUCUUUACCUUCUUGUACCGAGGGGAGCGCCAGCUUAGGAAGAUGGGCAUUCUCGCCCCAGAGAAGGCACAAGCUUCUUCACCGGUCGCCUCACGAAGGAAAUCGGGGGCUCUCGACUUGAGCAUCCUGAAGCCACUGAACGCAUCAGCGGGCACCAAGAACUUCGGCGGUUACCGCGAUCCUUCGCAGAAAGACGACAAGGCUAAGAAGAAGAGCGAAGACGCCAUGGAUAGUGACGCCGAUGAUGAAGAUGAGGUCAAGGUCGACGAGGUAGAGGAGGAUAAGGAUGAGGGUGGCAAGGGAAUGCUAUCACCAGAGGAUGCUCUUAGGCAAGGUGAACUCGCGGAAGGCGUGAGGAAGAUCAAGCUCAAACGCCAACACUCGGCCGAACCCUUGGUUCAGCCAGCAGCAACAACUGCUGCGCGCGGUGGCUCUGGAUCGCCUAUCUCCGGCACCCCCGCCUCGACGUCCGAUACCCCAGCUGAGGCUUCGUCUACCACCGCCAAAUCAUCAGUUCCUGACCUUGGGUCUGAAGGUACCAUAGGCUCGCCGUUUAAGAAGCAACGUGCAUCGCUACCAGGCUUUGAUGAGAGCACGCGCAAGAGCUUGGGCGCUACGUUAGCGGCGGCCCAGAAAGAGAGGAACAAGUCCGAAGGCAAUGUUGCAGCGUCAGGUCUCGAGACUAAGAUGGAGGAAGACGAGGAGUUGUGACUGUGGGACCUGCGGAUGCAGAGUGCUUUGGGAUGAUGAUCUCCCACUAAACAUUCGAACGGUGUUAUCCGG